CCAUGGCGCCGCCCGCCCGGCUCACACGUACAGCGGUUAAUAACGCCGCCGCUCUCCCGGCCGUCGUGCGGGACGUUCAGUCAGCGUGUUGCUCCGCGCGCCGUCCCCCAGACAUGAGGCUUCGCCGUCAGCUGUGAGACGAGGACCGCGGAAGGACGCGCGCAGGUCCGAGCGUCGCGCACCUGCGCGCCGGAUGGGAGCGGAUGGAGGGACAUCGCGCCGCAGCCGCCGUGAAUAGAGCGUCUCUCCGGGAUUAGAAAGGGUCACCGGGCGGAGAAGCGACGAUGCCCCGCGCCUCGGUCCGGCACUCCCGGCUUUUGUGGCGGCGGCGGCGGACGCCAGGUGCCCGGUCUCCCCCGGUUCAUCUCCAGUAGCUUCACCCCACCACCACCCCCCGGUGUGGAUAGGAUAACAUGACUUCCUGGUUCCGCACAUACGUCCGUCUCCUGCUCUGCUGCGUGGUGGUCGCGUCCGACGCCGGUGACAGUGCGUGUUGGUCUCCCGGUGUCACUUCUUGCGCAGAGUGCCUCGGACGUGGACCGCAGUGUGCCUGGUGCUUUAAGAAGGACUUUUUGGUGCCGAGCCAGCGCUGCGACUCGCCAGUGAAGCUGUUGAGGAGAGGCUGCGACCGGGAGUUCAUGGAGCAGUCGGAGAUCAAGGUGGAGGUCGACGCCACCGCCAGCAGCACACAAGUGUCCCCACAAGACAUCAGCAUCACCCUCAGACCAGGUUCGGAGGCCAGCGCCAUAGUGGCCGUGAAGCAGCUGGAGCGUUAUCCAGUGGACCUGUACUGCCUCGUUGACGUAUCUGCGUCUAUGCAGGAAAACCUUGAUCACUUGAAGACGGUCGGUGUGGCGCUGUCCUUUCGCAUGGCCGAGCACUCCUCGGACCUGUGGCUGGGUUUCGGCUCCUUUGUGGACAAACCGGUGUCCCCUUACAUCAAUGUUCACUCCUCCAAGAUUGACAACCCCUGCAGUGACUACGAGAUCCGCUGUCGUCCCGCCCACGGCUUCCACCACGUCCUCAGCAUGACCAGUAAUAUGAGCGAGUUCACACGUGUCAUCAAACGCCAGCGCAUCUCCGGAAACAUGGACACGCCUGAGGGGGGACUGGAUGCGAUGCUGCAGGCCGCCGUGUGCCAGAGAUCGGUAGGUUGGCGACCAGACGCCAAACGCCUGCUGCUGCUGAUGACCGACCAGCCGUCUCACCUCGCCUUGGACAGCCGGCUGGCAGGGAUCGUGACGCCACAUGACGGCCUGUGUCACCUGGAAAACAACGUCUACACGGGGAGCACUAAGAUGGACCAUCCCAGUGUGGGUCUGUUGUCUGAUAAGCUGCUUGAAAACCAUAUGCACUCUAUCUUCGCUGUGGAGAAGCAGCAAUACCAGUGGUACGAGGAGUUGGUGCGUUUGCUACCUGGCUCCUACCUGGGGAAGUUGGGCUUCUUCCAGGCCCCGAACCUUAUAGAGCUGGUGGUGGACGCGUACAAGACGUUGCUGUCGGAGGUGGCAGUAUCAGUGUCGGUGGAGGACAAGGCAGCCAGCAGGUACUGGGUGUCCGUGUCUCCUCUCUGUCCCGAUGGAUCCACCGUGAAGGACCAGAGUUGUUCGGGAGUGAUGCCCGGCCAGACGGUUUACUUCAACAUCACUAUCGGGAUGCGCUCCUGCCCUGGCAACGGCGAAGACGAAGAUGUAACCGUGAUGGUUCGACCCGUGGGCUACAACGAAUCCACCGUUAUCAAGGUCCACUCCAAAUGCACGUGCAGUUGUGGAGCCACGAGGCGCUGCUACGAAGAAAGCCAAUGCGGAGGAAGCUCCGGUCAAGAGCAGGAGCUGGAUCAGGGACUCAUAAACGACGCCGACGGGGAGUCCAGCUGGAAUUGCAGACGGGAUGGGUCCGAUGUGGACUGCAGUGGUCGGGGAGCGUGUGAGUGCGGGAGGUGUGUGUGUGACCAGACCAGGCUCGGCGCCGUGUACGGGAAACACUGCGAGAUAGACGACUUCUCCUGCCCGUACCGAGGGGGACUGCUGUGUGGAGGGCGUGGCACGUGCGUGUCAGGUGAGUGCGUGUGCGAGGACGACUGGACCGGCGAUAGCUGUGGUUGCCCCGUCUCCACGGCAACCUGCCAAUCGACAAAAGGCCUGUUGUGCGGCGGGCGGGGCAGAUGCGUGUGUGGCAGGUGCGUCUGCGACGACCCCCGGCGCUCCGGAGACUUCUGUGAGAGAUGUCCUGCUUGUCAAAACAGCUGCCAGUCGUACUGGAAGUGCGUGGACUGCCACUUGUCUCACGGCCUCGCACAGAAAGAGGCUGGACAUUGCAACAACACCUGUGCACCACUGGUGGGCUACGUGGACGUUGUAUCAGGCCAAGCAGAGGAGAUGUGGAUUCAGUGCAUGUACAUCAGUAAUGACAACUGUCGCCAUCGGUUUCAAACAAGCACACGGGCUGGUCAGGCUCAGCUUCAAAUCAGCACAAGACCAGAGUGCGGCAACAACAGCCGGCUGCUUGGAACAUUCCUGAGUGUGUGCGCCCUGACGGUGCUGUGCGGGCUGGUGGUGGUGGCCGUGUCCCGGCUGCUGCUGCAGAAAAGAGGCCUGUCACCAGGGGGCACUGCUGCAGAGGGACCCUACCACUGCCCCGGAAAGGACCUGUCAUUCAUCCCAACAACCAAUGAGAAGACAGUUACUUACAGGAGAGACUGUCCACCUGACCGACCCUUGGAGAUGCACAUCCAGGUUCCCAAGAUGCCCCUCUGUGACCCCUGGCAGUGCUGAGUGAAGGUCAUUGGACAAGUUCGGAAAGAAGCCAGUAGAGACACUCGGGAGAGUCAAGUAAAGACUUAUUUUCCCAGCCUCUAAAUCUUCAAACAGCUGCACGGGGAGAGACUGUGAAUGAUGAACUAAACUUUGAAUGCCUACACGGAAUCACAUUCGUUAAAUGAACUGACCAAACUCUCGUAGACUGUGACUAAUGAGGCCAGUAUCUUGGAAUUCAUGAUGAAACAAAGAGCACAUAUCACCCACCUCCUAUUCCUCUGCAGCAACGGGGAGGCUGCUUCUUCCACGGGGUAAAGGGUGAUCCUCCUUACAUCCUUGUUUAUUAGCCAUGCAGGCAAUAGCUGUGUGUGUGUGUGUGUGUGUGUGUGUGUGUGUGUGUGUGUGUGGGUGGACCAGUUAGACACACUUGUCCUUUUUACUGGCUCACUAUUUAUGAUUCAAUAGCAACUACAUCACAACAACACUACAUGUUGGACAUGUUGGACAUUUCUAGGACUGACACUCCAAAGCUCCCACUGAACCAUCUGCCUGCAGGGUUAGUCUGCCCUCCUGUGGCCAGAUUGAAGUACAGCAUUUUGUCUCUAAUAAUAACGUCAACACAUAACUGACCUCAGCUGUACUGCUUGGAAUUUAAGUGACGGAGCGUGCCAAUGACAGUGUAUGGCUCCUUUUUUUCCAUUUCAUUCGUGGCACACUUGUCUUAUAGUUUCUUUUUUUAUUUUGUGACUGCUAACCGAUCAGCUCCAUUGCAAAUUGUUGUUACUCUAUAGCAUUUUUAGUUUCAUGUGUAUUUUAUAAUCAGGGUGGACUUGCACUAGAACAGUUGUUUUGCAUUAUACUACUGAAACCUGGGGUGUCUCUGGAGUGGGAGAGCUGUGAUGGGCUUGAAAUGAGCGGUUUCCUAUAUUUUGGGCAUUUGAAGGCAUCGAUCGACGGCUACUUAUUAAGUGCAUUUAAAGCUGAUGUAACAAAUCCACUACACUGGAAUAACAAUUAUCUAAAAUAACCUGUUUAAAAGAAUUGAACGUCCCAAUAAUUAAUUGCAACAGUAUCAUAAAAUGCUUUGCAUGCGGCCUCACUAACCGACAGAACCCAAACCGGGUCUCCUGAUCACCCCAGGAGCCGUUACUGACGAGUUGAGACUCAUCGGCUCUCGAGGUACUAAAUCAGUUCCACCCCUCAUGCGCUCCGUCAUCUGGACCCAGAGUGCCGGUUUUAAAUUGUAUUCAACACAAUAUUGUUUACAGCAACAGCUGCUCUCUUUUACUGUAAGUCGGGAACACUAAUUAUUAUUUAUUGUGAUUGUUCUAUUAGUUUUUUAUUUAUGUUUAUUGUGCUAUUUUAAGAUGAGGCUACCUGCAUUACAGGUAGUGGGUACUGUGUGAGUUUAUAAUUCAGCAAUAUGGUCAUAAUCAUCUCAUCUGACUGGGCACUGAGUUUGGAAUAACAACAGCACUUUUCUGUGUAUUUUUGUUGUCAAUUAAUGUAACUAGUUGUAGCAUGAAUGUUUUCAUCACAAUAAAAUUUGCAGGAUUGUUUUAGUUGUUUUGUAGUAA